AUGCAUCGCUGUGACCAACGAGCUGGCGCCAUAUCAGCACCUUUGCGGGUUUUGACCUACGGGGUCAGAGGCGGGGCAUCGUUACUAGUUAAUACUAGCGGCGCAACUCUCACAACUGGUGGUCCGCUAACAUCACGAUUUCGUGGCUAUCAAGGCUCUGAAGAAGGCGACGACGCCGAAACGUUAGCCAGAAUAAAGAUCAAUAACAAUCUUGGUUCAGCUCAAGAAAGUAGUACACAAUCAAACUCUACGAUGCCAAGAUUCAAAGAAGCUUUCCUCGCGAAUUUGACGCCACGUCAGAUUCGUGUAAUGCUGCCUUUAAUCGGCGGCGUGGUGUUCUCACGCGGUGACUCGCGUCUUCGCUGA